AUGGUGGGAACCCAGCAAAUGUUGACCAUCUACCUGAUCCUUGCCACAAUCUGUCUCCGGGGCAUCCUGCUCCAGCAACCUGGGACAGGGGAGCAAAGGAAGCCCUUCUUUGAAAGGUUCAGGCGGCUGGAGGAGCAGUUCCGCCGCUUCCAGGAGGUCACCCUCUUGCGCUUCCAUGAGAUUGCCGGGAAUCACAACGUCUCCCAGGAUGCCGAUGCCCAGCUCGAGCGCCUGCGCGGAAGGCAGGAGGCCCUGGAGUCGGCGGCCAACGAGACCCACGCGGCCACGCGGCAGGAGCUUGGGCGCCUCAGAGCCCAGCUGAAGAAGCUGCGGCGCAAGACCGGCGAGCAGGAGGCGCGGCUCACGGCCCUGCAGGAGGCCUGGCAGGAGAGCACGGCAGGGGCGCAGCGCCAGGAGGCGCUCCUGGCCGACCUAGCCCGGGACGUCGCCAGCCAGCGGGAGGCCGGCCGGGCCGUGCGUGCCGCCCAGCAGAGCCUGCAGAAGGCCCUGGAGGGCGUCCAGGACGCCCUGAAGAGCCAGGGCAGUAAGCUGGGCGAUGUGGAGCGGCAGCUGAGCAGUUCUGGCCCCCGCGGGGCCCUUCCGCCCGUCCGGCCGGCCACAGCCCACCUCCUGGGUCAGGCUGCCCAGGGAAAGGGGCCAGAGGCGGCAGCCGGGCAGAGUCCGACCCUGAGAAAGCUCCAAGCCAAGCGCCGGCAAAAGGCGAGGCUGCAGCAGGAGGGCAGCCGCCUCAUGGCCCUGUCCCAGGAUCACGGGGAACAGAGUGCCGUCCCCACGGCUCGGGCACUGCCCCUGCCGGAGUUGGAAGCAGACGCUGCCUCUCUGCUGGACCCGCAGGCUCUCCGUCAGCCCGCUUCAGUCCAGGGCCGGGUCCCGGAAGGGCCUCUGCAGGGCCUCCGUCAGCCAGGGGCAGUCUGCAACGUGGGCUCCAUGCUGGUUUUCCCAAACGCUUCCACAGAGAACUUUGCGGUCAUCCAGCCGGGCCCCCGCACCAGCCUGCUGGAACUGAGCGUCUGUAGCUGGGUGCGCACCCCCGCCGGCUACCUGGGCACGAUCCUGUCUUACGCCACAGAAGAGAACGACAACAAGCUGGUCCUGCACGGCAGGGACGUUGCUCCGCGGAGCGCCGUCCACUUCGUCAUCGGCGACCCCGCUUUCCGGGAGCUGCCCGUGGGCCGGGUCCUCGAUGGCACGUGGCAUCACCUCUGUACCAUCUGGUCCUCCAUCCAGGGGCGCUACUGGUUCUUUGUGGACAGGCGGCUGGUCUCCAUGGGCUCCAGGUUCCGGAGGGGCUACGAGAUCCCCCCCGGAGGCUCCCUCAUCCUGGGCCAGGAGCAAGAUGUGCUGGGGGGCGGCUUCGAGCCCUCCGAAGCGUUUGUGGGGUUCCUGGCUGGCUUUGCCAUGUGGGAUCGCGCGCUCUCGCCUGGGGAGGUCUCUGGCCUCGCUGUCGGAAGUGGGCUGCCCCGCGGGCCCCUCCUCACCCUGGCCGAUGUCUCUGCCCUGCACGGAUCCGUGCGGAAGGUGAACUGCACCUGCCUCGAACUCUGCCUGUAA